CCUCAGAUUAUUGGGAGUACAACUGUUAAGAAGGGAGAUGUUCUGAAUUUGACCUGCAGUGCUGAGAGUUUCCCUCCAGCUCUUAUCAUGUGGAAAAAACGUAGCUCCAACACAAACCUUCUGAGUGGAAAUUACACUGACCUGCACAAUGGCACUGGAUCAUCUACACUUGUCAUUCAUAAUGUGACAGCUGAGUAUUCUGGACAAUAUGUCUGCACAGCGAAAUAUCUGGACAAAGCCAUUACUAUACAUGCCAGUGUGACUGUGACUUGGUUUUCAGAGACCCAGGAUGGCUCUGGAUGUGUGCUUCAGUCAGAGGUUUUGACCUGUGUGUGUAUCAGUGAAGGGUUUCCUUUACCUACCAUCAAAUGGCCGCUCCUAAAGAACCACACUGAGUAUUCUGUCAUUACUAUGGUCUCUAAACACACAGUCAACAGCACUGUCAGUGUAACUGUAAACAAACAUAGCAACAGCACUGUGGAAUGUGUGAGUAACAAUGGAAAUGGAGAGAAUAGAGAAAACCUACUGAUCCACCAAAACUUGCCUGAAAAACAUGAGCAAUCGUCUAAUUUAAGGCAGGGAUACAUGAAAGUCAUCAUUGGCAUUUUGGCUGCAGUAGUUCUUUCAGCAAUCGUUUGCUGUUUUACCAAAAAUUGGUACAGAAAAAAUCAGAAGACCUCAAAAAAUUCAGAUGAGACUUUGGAGAUGGAGAAACAUCAAGAUGAUAAACUGCAGUGCCAGGAAAGCAGCAAAGAGGCAAGAGAGGACAAAGACGGAGUAUGCUGAAAUCAAAAAAGCAGUAAAAGCAGAACAGGUAGAAGAUGCUUGAGAAGGAAAGGGAAAUGUUGGAGGCCAAAGAAGAGAAGGAGAUGGAGUUGGAGAUGAAACAUUGUCAACCAGAAAAAGAGGAAGGAGAAGAUGAAGCUGUGUACUCCACUGUGAAUGAUCCCACUUAUUCUACUGUCACUGUGUCUUUUUUCUUUAAAUAACCCAAAUAAAGUUCUCUGCAGGUAGUUAGACACUUCAUUAAGUGUAUAUGUAAGAUCCCAAGGACCACCUCAAUGAUCUGUGCCCUAAGAUAUAAUGCGGUUUUCUUUUACAUGUUUUAUUUGACAAGAAUAAAUCUAUACUUUAAAUUUUCCAUCUAGUCAGAAAAAAUAACUUUGUAGGGCUAAUAUGAUUCCUUUUUAGAAAUGUUAUUUAAGACUUAGCCCACAGUAAACAUCGAGAUUUUUUUUUAAUAUUACAAAAUCUUGACAUAUAUGUUGGUGACAAUACAGUGUCCAGACAAAGACAAUAUACUUAAGAUUGUGUCUUUAUCCAAAAAAAAAAAGAAAAGAAGAAAAGAAAAAUCAAUUAAACAUUCUAGAAAAGUGUGGCCUAUACUUUUUGUGGUUUGAGUUGAUUUUUAAUGGUCUCUGCUCAUUUUCAUUUAUUAUUCUUUGUUGUUUUGCUAACAAAAUAAGACCUUUUUGCUUUCUUUGGCCAUUCAUUGUGCUCACCAGAAAGUGGCAGAGUAAACCCAUUACCCAUGUGAAAUUAUAAGUCAAGUAGAUGUGUGGUCUGUUAUCACUGGUGCUGCCUGGCUGCAGAUUUUGUAU